AUGGCGAGUAGCGAGGCUGGUGAAGGACUAUCAGCCGUUCCACGUCGUGGCGAGAUUGGCCCGGCUGAGGUCGAAUUCCUUGCCGAGGACACGCCCAUUCGCAUCAUACCCAACUUCUCUAAUGCGACAUUCGAGCUCAUCCAGGGAUCGAUCGGCCCGUUUCAUGCCGGUCGCCCCGUUGAGGUACCUCUCUGGCUCGGAAUCAUGCUACUGCGUGCAUCCCCAACUUCGGUCCAUGUUCGCCUGCUGGCCCUAUUCCACAGACAUGUGCUCACCCUAGCUACAUUGACUCUCUCUAUCCAUAGUGCCGCAGAGGACAUUGCUUCAGCAGAAGAGGUGCGACGUAUUGUGCGCGACCUGGAGGACGUUCGAUCGACCAAACUGAAACACGGCGUUGGUGAUAUCAAGCAAUCCGUGGCCGUUGGCUUGCAAAACAUUACCAACAUGGAAAUUGCCAGCUUUCGUCUCUUUGCCACCAAGGCCAUGGACGCUUUCUACACGCUCACGGCUGAGCCUGAUUGUGAAUCCUUGUGUGCAUGCCUUUGUGUGUGUGUGUGUGUGUGUGUGUGUGUGUGUGUGUGUGUGUGCAUGCCUUUGUGUGUGUGUGUGUGUGUGUGUGUGUGUGUGUGUGUGUGUGUGUGUGUGUGUGUGUGUGUGUGUGUGUGUGUGUGUGUGUGUGUGUGUGUGUGUGUGUGUGUGUGUGUGUGUGUGUGUGUGUGUGUGUGUGUGUGUGUGUGUGUGUGUGUGUGUGUGUGGUGUGUGUGUCUAUAUUACAUAAAAACGACCGACCAAUGCUUACUGUGGACUUGGCCGUGA